CUUGAAUUCUGGUACAUCACGUACAAUAAGAACUAACUUUCGUGUCCUGAUAUCCAGCAUGACUCGAAUAGUGAUUCAAAAUACAAGUAUUCUAACCCUCGAUGACAAAGACACAUUCUACUACCCAGGAGUCAUCGACAUUCGUGGCGACAAAAUCUUCAGCAUCGACUCUUGGUCACAGGAUACGGUUCUAGACCAUUAUGACGGACAGACGACAAUCAUUGAUGGUGUAGAUAAGCUCGUAAUGCCAGGUCUAGUCGACUUGCACUUCCACACUUCGGUUGCCAAGGGCUAUGGUGAUGAUCUACCUCUGUGGGAGUACCUAGAUAGAAUCUGGUAUCCUUCAAUUCGUGCUCUCACACCAGAGACAUGCCGAACAGCAGCGCUGCACUCCUACAUUACAGCUCUGAAAUCUGGAACAACCACAGUGAACGACAUGUACCGCCAUCUCGACUCGCUUGCCAGUGCUGCAUUACAGACUGGCAUUCGCGCUGUUAUCAGCAACGAUAUUGCCCUUCCUGAGCACAAUCUUGAUUCUGUCGCUGACAAUGUCCAAGCCUUCCAUCGAAACAACAACCUCGGAGACGGUCGCAUCAGAGUCUGGCUUGGGCUCGAAUGGAUGCCUCUAUCCGAUGCGCCUUUGCUUGCUGAAAUUGGACGCAUGAAGAAAGAACUAGGAAUAGGAGUUCACAUCCACCUGUGUGAGAGCAGGACAGAAAUCGCAGAUAGCAUCAAGCGAUUCGGCAAGCGGCCUGUAGAGAUGGCAUACGAAGCUGGAAUCCUUGGGCCUGAUUGUGUGGCAGCCCACUGCGUUCAUCUUUCUGACAACGAAAUUCGAUUAUUGGCUGAGACUGGUACUUCAGUAUCACACAACGCAGGUUCGAACGCAAAGCUCGGAAAUGGGAUUGCCAAAGUUGAGGACAUGCUUAAAGAGGGUAUCAAUAUCGGCCUUGGGGUUGAUGCGUGCGAAUGCCAUAACUCGACGGAUAUGUUUGAGACCAUGAAAAUCACUUCCUUCAUGCAGCGUGUAACCCUUGAAGAUGCAUCGCUAGGACAGCCGAGUCAGAUCUUGAGAAUGGCCACCAGCAAUGGGGCAAAAGCACUGGGUAUCGACGCUGGUAUAUUGGCGAUUGGUAAGAAAGCUGAUUUGAUCUUGUUGGACCUGAGGAAGGACAUGAUGUUCACACCGCUGCUCAAAGAGCCUGUGGAGCAACGAAGACGAAUGCUUGAGAGUCAUCUCGUGUUUGGAUGCAACGGGUCAGCAGUGGAUACCGUAAUUGUGAAUGGGAAGAUCGUGGUGCAAGGAAGAACGGUCCUUGGGGUGGACGAAGAGCAGAUUCGGAAGCAUAUGGAUACUUUGUUCCAUGAUCUAGUAGCUUCGAUGCCGGCAGUGACUAGUGAGCGGAAGAAGAAUUCAUGAG